AACAGAACCUGGAGCCGCUGUACAUGUUAGACCUACGGUGAGAGAUUUAUUAUUAGAAACGCCCACAUCUGGAAGCAAACCAUGACUGAAGACAAGCGAACAUUAACAAGUGAACGAGUCUGAGGAUUGAGACUAGCAACUGGAGAGAACCCUUCUGACUCAGAUUUGCCACUGAUUCAGUCAGGAGAGAGGUCGCAUCACCAGCAGGUGGAGCUUCCCCGCGCUGGAAGCAAAGUGUAAACAAGUCGACGACAAUUAGCAAUCUUCAGUCAGAAUCAGAAUGGCUACAGGUGGGAAAUGGUUCUGGACAGCAGUCAAGAGAUUCUUCCCAGGCAAUGCAUCGAUGGAAGAUGAUCAGGACACGGGAAGCAAGGUACCAAAGCAGAGUCGGAUUGAGAGCGUUGUCCCAGGUGGAUGCAGUCCGGCUGCAGAGAAAGGCGAACAAAAUCAGCCCAGACAUAGAGGUAUCAGGGACACUGAUCCGUGCUCUGGAACCAGCACAAGUGGGCUCACGGUCUGUGAGCUCGGAAGCUCAUUAAAGACGGAAUGGUCAAGUCCCCAACAAGGAGCGGACCCAGAGUCUACAAUCUCUGACCUCCUGGCAGAGAGGGCUGAAUAUCGACUAUACCAACUGACGAAAUUCUACAGGGACAGACUGAAACAAGCAAUAGAAGGAGGUGUUGAAAGACUCAGUUGGAUGUUGAGACAGGAGGGGCAUUUCACUGCACAGGAACAUGGGAAACUCACUGAGCUGACAGAGAAGGGAAAACGGGCAGAAAGUUCCAGACUCUUCCUCAGUUUGGUGAUGGGCAAAGGCUCCCGGACUCGGAGGGCGAUGUGGGAAUCCUUUGUGACAUGGAGGACUGAGUUACCGAAGUUGGACAGAAUACUGAGGGAAAUACAGAAGCUCGACCCUGAUCCAGAGGAAUACAUUGACAUCGCCCGAGGGUUAUCUGAAUUACCCACUCAACUGAUAGACGUUCAACAGAUACACAAGGAGACUCUGCAGGCACAGACUGAAACACUGAGAGUGAACACGAUCCUGAUGAGGGAGAAGGUGAAGGUUUUCCAGCUGGUUGAUCGAUACGCUGAGCUCACGGUCAUUUCUACUGUUCAACAUCGGAGUCUGGUGGAACAUGAGCUACUGGCAAGAGGCAGAGUCCACGAGGAGUGGAGACAGAAGCAUCCCAGUGGACAGCUGGAAAAAAUCGGGAUAGAUCAUUUGUUCCAGAGCACCUUUUCCCAGACUAAAUCCAAAUCUGGGAGUUCCGCAGCAUUGGUCGGAAUCCCUGGGAUUGGGAAAACAACAAUGGUGCAAAAGAUUGUUUACGACUGGGCCACAGGGAAAAUAUAUCAGCAAUUCCAGUUUGUCUUCAAUUUCAAAUUCCGGGAUUUAAACACCAUUAAUUGUCGGAUAAACUUGAGGGAACUGAUUUUGGAUCAGUAUCCUUACUUUGGGAAUAUCCUGAGAGAGGUCUGGAAAAACCCAGAGGGAUUGUUGUUUAUAUUUGAUGGUUUGGAUGAAUUUAAGCACACAAUUCAUUUUGCUGACAAUCAAAGAGAUACAGAAUGCGACCACCAGUGCUCAGAUCCCGAGUGGUGGUGUGAAGUGUCUGACAUUGUGUACAGUUUAAUCCAGGGUAAGUUGCUCCCAGGGUGUUCAGUGCUGGUGACCAGCCGAACCACUGCAUUACCCUUAUUGGAAAAGGCAGAGAUUAGUGUCUGGGCGGAAAUCCUGGGAUUGGUUGAUGAAAAACGGAAGGAAUAUUUCAUCAGACAUUUUGAAGAUCGGACGGUGGCGGAAGCUGUUUUCAAGCACGUGAAGGAGAACGAGAUCCUGUACACCAUGAGCUACAACCCCUCCUACUGCUGGAUCCUCGCUCUGGCACUGGGUCCCUUCUUCACACAAAGAGUCAAGGACCCGCAGCGUGUUCCCAAGACCAUCACCCAACUGUACUCCUACUAUAUUUACAACAUACUGAAAAACCACGGCCGUGAGAUUGAGAAUCCCCGUGAUGUGUUACUCAGGGUUGGUCAGAUGGCCUUCAGAGGAGUGUCCGAGAAGAAGAUUGUGUUUACAGAUGGGGAUUUGAUCAACUACAAUCUGCAGCCUUCCCAGUUCCUGUCCGGGUUCCUGAUGGAGCUAUUGGAAGGAGGGGAUGCUCCCCCGUGUGCGGUGUACACAUUCCCACACCUCACUAUCCAAGAGUUUGUAGCUGCAGUCGCACAAUUCCUGAAUCCACAUCCCGGGAAUAUCCUGAAAUUCCUCACUGAAGCCCAGAACACGACAGAUGGGCGAUUUGAGGUAUUUCUCCGUUUUGUUGCUGGUCUCUCCUCCCCAAUGACAACUCGGACCCUGGAGGAGUUUCUGGGUCCAUUUCCUCAUGAAGCAACCUGCCAGGUAAUUGACUGGGUGAAGGAGGAGGUUAAAUGCCAGAGUGGAAACACGAGGAGUGAAGCUGGUAAAAGGAGCCUCUUGAACACAUUGCACUAUCUGUUUGAGUCUCAGAAUCGCUGGCUGGCUCAGGCCGCACUGGGAUCUGUGAAAGCACUUUCAUUCAGUGGAAUGACUCUGACCCCGAUUGACUGCGCGGUCCUGUCUCAUGUCAUCGGAAUCUGUGAUACGAUAAAACACCUCGACGUGGAGAACUGUCACAUUCAGUGUGAAGGAAUCCAGCGGCUGGGACCCGGGCUGCACAAGUGCCAGGAGUUGAGACUUGGGGCAAAUAAACUGGGAUAUUCUGGAGUGAAACUGGUUUCUGCGGCUCUGAGGAACCCGGAGUGUAAAAUACAGCAACUGUGGCUGAACCAUGUUGGUCUCACAGAUUCAGGUGCCGUGGAUCUCGUCUCGACUCUCAGAACAAACCGAUUACUAACGGAGCUGAACGUCAGUGAAAAUGAACUGCGUGAUUCAGGAGUGAAACUGGUGUCUGCGGCUCUGAGGAACCCGGAGUGUAAAAUACAGACACUGGGGUUGAGGGAUGUCGGUCUCACAGAUUCUGGUGCUGAGGAUCUCGUCUCCGCUCUCAGUACAAACCCAUCACUGACGGAGCUGGACCUGAGUGAUAAUAAACUGGGAGAUUCAGGAGUGAAACUGGUAUCUGCGGCUCUGGGGAACCCGGAGUGUAAAAUACAGAAACUGGAGCUGAAGAAGGUUGGUCUCACGGAUUCUGGUGCCGAGCAUCUCGUCUCCGCACUCAGUACAAACAGAUCACUGACGGAGCUGAACCUGGGAAUUAACUCCCUCACAGACCGAUCAGCACCCGCUCUCUGUCGCCUCACAUUGACCCUCCCAAAUCUGGAGUGGAUCCGACUGGUGGGGAAUCGGUUCAGUGAGACAAGGGAGAAGGAACUAAGAUUGGUGCAGGAUCAGAGACCCGGACUGAUAGUGAUCCUUUGAACAUCUGAAUGCGUGAACAUCCCCACACUUAUGGUGACAUUUUCGCUGAUUCCCCAAGCUCCUCUUUAAUGCCCGCACUCCAGGUUUGAUUCCUAAUGGAUCUAACGGAACUGGCUCUGGUCUCGCGCUUUGUGACUUUUGAAGCUGUCCUGCAGUGACGUAUUUCCUCCUCUUGUCCAAUGCCGCUGAUUCUGACACAUGACCAAGUUCGAGAUCUCACACAAGUUAGGCUCUGCGGAAUUGCACAGUCAGGAAGAGCCCAGUGGCCGGGUUCAUUCUAGGACAUGAGUAUCCGGGGUGGGAUUAUCCGGGGAGAGAAUCCUUUUGUUUACUUUGCUGAGGACAGUACUUUCGGCUGUCUGGCCGAUACAAUGAUCUUAAAUUGACAAAUUCUUCGGCAGUGACCCUGGAUCUGCAGCGAUCCCGGACACGGCCCUGAAGUGUGAUUUUAUAAUCAUCGGUUCCCCGAUGCAGAGUGACGGUGAGAAACGGGACUGAUGAUUCAAUAUGUCACUCGUCGUCGCCAGUCAGUUAUUUGUGUGUGACUGUGAGUGAAUCGUGAACAGCUUAUUUAUUCCCACACGUUAGAAGCUCACACAUUGCUUAAUUUACAUUUGACAUGAUGAAAUCAAUAAACCGCUGUCACUUCCUGUCUUGGUGUCGGACUUGAGUCUCAUUAGAGGAGAAACAGUGACCUGGGGUUACUGCUGUCCCCCGCACCUGGUGAACCGCAAUAAUAGGUCCGAGCUCCUCACACUGGUACAGCAGCGUCUCAGCUCCGGGCUGAAGUAUGUCAGUCUGGUGGCGUCUUUUCUUCAGGACCUCUUCAGUCCUCAUCCACCAGUCAGUCUGACACACCGCUUCCUCAUACCCCAGAAUCAUGCACUCCCCUGACCCCCACCUUCCUGCGUGCUCUCCUUGCUCCCGCAGACAACAACGACAAAAGAUAUUGGAAGCACAUACA